CUUCCGUAUCCUGAAACGGCAAGGAAAAGGUAAACAGUCUUUUUCUGUGACAAAGACAACACUAUAAGAUGAAGAACAAUGCCUUACAAAGAUAAGAACGGAAAAUUUUGUGGUUUCUUAAAUGCAGAGGAAAAAGAGGGAAGUGGAAAAUUUCUACGUAGAUAUUUUUUGUUAGAUGAGAAGAAAAGUCGACUGUAUUAUUAUAAAGACAAUCCUGGAAAUUUACAUGCUGACUACAGUAAAACUUGUGGAGAGAUAGAAAUUCACUUUAUUUCAAGGGUUAGUGAUGCCAGGAAGCUUAGACCAAAAAUUGAUAACUGCUUCUCAAUAACAUAUGCCGGGAGGACCAUUUAUUUAGAGGCAGAGGAUGGAGAUGAUCUUGAAGGAUGGAUCAAAGCUUUAAAUGAUGCUAGUAAAAUAACUGUACCAGUAAAGCAUGAGGAUCUUGGUAAUGGUAAAAAGGAAACAAAGGCAGGAUUUACAGCAGAAAUUGCUGGUGGAGUUGUGUGUAAAAUCCCUAUGAAGUACAAUAAGGUUCAGGUCAGUGAUGAAGAACCAGGGUCAUCAGAUGAAAGUCCAAAUGAGUCAUCAGGUCUGUCAGCAAGUACAAUCCCGAGUUAUAUUAGUGGAUACUGUGUUAAACAAGGCGGUAUGAGAAAGAAUUGGAAGAGAAGAUAUUUUGUGUUUUCUGAAAAUGGAUUUCAGUAUUAUAGUUCUGAUAGAGCAAAAGAACCCCUAAGAACAUUACCAAAGGCUGACAUCAUUGAUGUAAGAAGAUCUUCAUCAGGGCAUUCAAGUAGGGAUAAUUUGUUUGAAGUAGUAACAGCCAAAAGAACAUUCUAUAUUCAGUGUGAUGAUCCUGCAGAUACUGACAAAUGGGUGAAUAUGAUGAAGCAAAACUUACCAACAACUCAGAUAUCACUGACAAAAUUAACAGGGCCAAAUGGAGAGACAAUUCAAGACACAGAGUCUACGGAGGCCACCAACGAACUCUCAGGAGAUGGCAGUGACCAGGGUGUUUCCUAGUAAAGAAUGGGUAUGACCUGCAUGUCAUUGCCAUGGUUACCAGUAGCUAAUUAGUUACAUGUUGUUACAUUUAGAUAAUAUUAUGUUGAUGAAUGAUUUUAUAUACACUGUUAUCAAAACCACUAGAAUUUGCCAUGCCUUUGUUUUUCUGGGGCCCUGCAUGGGUUAAUUGAUAAUAGUUGACUACUUGAUAAUACUUGAUUACGGACUAAGUAUAAUUAAAUAUUUGAAAACAAGCUCUUAAUUUUUCGAUACUUUGAUUAUUUGAUUACCAUUCAUGUACCGGUAAAAGUUACUGACUGAUUAAAUGAUUACUGCUUUAAACAUUUUUAUGAUUGUAUGAUUAUCAGAUAACCCCAUGCAGGGUCUCUUUUUUCACAUUCCAUUUAUAAUUGAAAGUGCUCUAUUGAAAUCCACCGAAUUAACUUGUUAUUUUCUCUUAAUUUAUAGAUUAUUUUAAAAAUCUAAUGCAAUAUAAAUGUUUAUAUCACAGCAGUUUUUUUUUUAUUUUGUUAAUUUUAAACAUAUACAAUAUGACUAUGUAAGGUUUGGACGUGACACAGAUAAAUGAGCAAUUAGGAUGUGUUCUUUCAUAUUUAAAAAAACCCACUAUAAACGCAUUAAAUACAACAAAAAUUAUUUGAAUGAAAAAUGAUAUGAUAUGCAAGAAAGUUAAAAUGAUACUGUAACAAUUCUUGGAUGCUGAAUAGAUGUUUCUUCUUUUUGAAUUGGUGCUAGAGAUAGAGCUACUUGAAACAAAACUAUAUGAUGGAAUACUGAUAAAACUUUAUUUGAAGUUGGCAGAGCGUGAAAGAAUUUCAAUCAAAGAGAAAUCAUUCUUUACAUCAUUGCUAUGAAGCACAAUAUUCAGUUAUUCUUUAAAAUCUCUAUGGCAGUUGAUUCUGCUAUAUUACAUCAUUAUAGUACUUGGUGUGUGUUUUUGCUUAAAUGUCAAUUGAUAAAAGGAAAAGUGGCAUUAAGGCUGAUUGAUUUUCCUCAAGAAGAUGAAAGUUUUGUAAUAAAUACUUAAUACAUUGAACAAAGAAAAAUAUAUAUUAAUGUAUAAAAAAUGAAAAAGUUAGACGAAAUUUGCAACAUUAUGACAUCUUAUCAAAAUCUUAAAAAUUAUCAAAAGUGACAAUGUAUAUUUGCUUUAAGGAAACAUGAAGUACAUUUGUGAAACCACGAAGUAUUUUAAAAGAACUUGCAUUGUAUCUAUAAGUAAUUACCUAUUUCAAUAUGUUGUUUCUUAUAUGGGUAUACUUUUCUGGUUCAGUAUCUAUGUAAAUAUAAAUAAUGAAACAAAGAUUUUAAGGGUUUAAAAAAUGUGCAGUUUCUACCAUGCUCUGUUGUCAUGGUAACUGAUGAUGUUUUAAGUUUUUUUCUUCUUCAUGUCCUAUCUGAACCCCAGUUAACCGAACUUUAUUUUAACAGGUUUAUGACCUUGAAUGCUUUUUGUUUUAAUUGUACAUGCUUUAAUUUAGGUCAAAUAAGAAUCUUACUACACCUACUCUUUUCAAAUUGAGGGUCAUAUUGUAACCUUUCACCUUUACAUAAUAAAAGUGAAUUUUUCAAGAACAAUGUUUUUAUUUCUGAUCUCAGUUUUUACAAAUUGACUUUUGUAAAAUUACCGGUACAUAACUAAAAUUUUGUUGUAGAUAUGAUCUCUAUACCUAAAAUAAGGCAUUAUAUUAGCUUUAAAUGUGAUAAACCAAUAAGAAUGCAAUUAAUGCUUUAAAACUAAUUAAAGUUUCUGUUUUAUUAGAAGAAAAUACUUGCAAAAAAUUAUUUGUUUUGAGUUAUUAAGGUGUUUGAAUUGUUUUUGAUAUUUGUUUUCUUUACAUUCCUUAAAACCAUUAUUUUACUGAAAAUUUUGCUGAAUGGGACAAUUUUAUCAACCAGAAGCCAAAAAUAGUUGUGAAAUUUGUUAGUGGAUAUAUUAUGGAUAGUAGCAAAGCAUUAGACAUAAAAUAUUCUCUUAUACCUCAUUUUACUUUAAAGAUAAUUCUAGCAAAGUUUACAUUAAAGUCCAAAUCUAUGCAAUUAUAAGCUUAAGUCUAAAGAGGAAUGACAGUUAUGUCAGUGGGCACACCUUGGAAGGUGAAGUGAAGGUCAAAACUACACAUGUAUCUCAUUUACCAAUUUCAUGCAUGACUCUCAGUAGUGUACAUUGGUCCUGUUGUGAACAGCUCUCAGCUAUAGAGGAUUAAUAUUUAGUAAGUCAAUAGAUCUUGGUCAGUAAUGAAGCUUUAGAAAGUUUGCAUUAUUUUUGGUCCAGUUUACAUUUUUUGGAUACAGUCAUUUGAGAUAUUUUUCAUGUUUAUCCAUUUACCGGUACAUAGAAUAACCAACGUCUCCUUUUAUUCAUAUUCAAGUUACACCGUGUUCUGUUGAGACAGAUUUCACUGUAAAUGAAAAUAACCCCUGUGUCUUUGAGAUGAAUAACAGCAAUGCAAGCACUGUCUGUCGGUUUUUGUUUUGUCUAUUGCUUGUAGAGAUUUUGUGUCAUGAAUUAGUACAUCAUAUUCCUUCUUAUUCAUAACUUUUGUUGAACUAAUUGUCGCUUGUGAUUGCUUCCUUUCUCACUUGAUUUUAUUACAAGUAACUUAAUAAGAAAAUAAUCAACAUUCUUCAUCUAACAAAACAUUCGCCCUGAAUAGAAUAAUUUAUGAUUCGUGUGUAUGUAAAUGUUUAUUUUAUGUAUGAACUUUUACGAGUAUGAUCUGACCAUUCUUUUCAUCUCAGAUAUAAAAGAUGUGCAAUAAAAACUUUAUGAAAAGUACUAAUACAACAGUACUGGGUUUUUUAAGAGUAGUCUGAAAACUCACCUAUAUUGUUUUAUAAAACUUACAAAAAAAUAUUGUGUAGUUAUUUCAUAUUCAAUUGUAUACUUUCAAAAUUUCUUGUAAAAGACAACACAAACAGAAACUUGAUACAUUUUUAGUCAGAAAUUAUGAAUACUUUUAUUGUCAAAUGGUCUACUCACUUAAGGUGGCUGGGGCGUCUUAAUUAAAACUGAUAAAAUUGAGAAUGGAAAUGGGGAAUGUGUCAAAGAGACAACAACCCGACCAUAGAGCAGACAACAACUGAAGGCCACCAAUGGGUCUUCAAUGCAGCGAGAAACUCCCUCACCCGGAGGCGUCCUUCAGCUGGCCCCUAAACAAAUAAGUAUAUAAUGAUAGAAUUUUUUAAUAAUUUGUCAUAAUGAAGUUUUUAUCAUGCUUUUUUCAAAAAUAUAAAAAAAAGUAUGGGUCACCGGACUUUUUUUCACACUACAGGUUGUGCAAAAUUGUCAGAUUUUGUAUAGAUUAUGCAUGGAAAAUCAAAUUGUGUGUGAUAAUAAGAAAACUACAUGAUAGAAUUUUGAGAUAAAAUGUGAGAAGAUAGCUCUUAUAACAUGCUUUCAGAUAAGAAAAAGAAAAAAUGGGGUCACCGAACUUGUUUUCUUGCUAUAGAUUAAAAUAGGUAAAUUCACAACACUUUCUAUUAUAAAAAUUACUUUAUCUGAGUUAUCUCCCCUUAUUUGGCAAAGUUGAAAACAAAUUAAUCAAACACAAAUAUUAAAGGUUUUUUUUUUAGAAAUUACAGCUGUAAUUAUGAUAAAACCCACAAUUUUCUAUAUUUACAUCAAAAGUCUUACACAUAAAUUACAUACUACUCUCAAAAUUUGCACAUUUCAUCAAAGAUCUAGACCAACGUUAUCUCCUAUUUCAAAAUCCAAAAUGGAGGAAGACUCCCUAGCCACCUAAAGUUCCAUUAUUGUACAUGAUAUAUCUCAUGCAAUUAAUAAUUUAAUAUUUACAUUUUGACUGAAUGCAUGCUUUCAGAAUUUGAUGCUAAUGAAAUAAAUAUAUAACUCUUCUACAAAUUAAUGCAUAAUGGGAAAACUUAAUGAUAAAUUCCAGCCUUUUGGUCUGAAUUUUUUUAUAAUUUUCAACCCUCUAUGUAGUGAUACCUUAAAGGUGAAUUUUUUUAUCACUGGUUUUGUAAUAAUUUUAAAUGAAAUGUAGUAAUUUAUGCUUUGAAAUUUGAAUAAAAUACAAGGACUGUAAAAUGCAUAAUACAUAAUGUAAAGUUACAUAAAGGUAGGACUUAAGAUCUGGUGUAGUUUAAAAUUCAUUUGUUUGUUGAUAAUGUUAUUAAAUCAAUGCAAAGUUUACGUAAUAGGACUUUAUUUUAGAUUUUGAUGAAAUUUGCAAAAACUUAAUCAUUGACCCUCUUAAAUUUGCAAACAAUACAACAGAAAUGUUUGCAGCAAUAACAUUUCAAUUUUAAUCAAUUUCUGUGGAUGGAAUUUUGAGAAACGCAAUUUAAAGUGGAAAUGCAUAUUUUAUGCCGCUUGUUAACUUUCAUUCUUUACAUUUAUAGAUAUUUUUUACAAAUUUUUUAAUUGAUUUUAUAUUUGGACUUAAAAAUGUGUUUUAUUCAGAUAGCAGAGAUCAAUGAGUUCUACAUGCAUAGUAAAUUUCAUCAAAAUUUAAAAUAAAUUCCAAUCAUGUAUACUUUGCAUUUAUAUAAAAAUGUAAAAGCCCAAAAUUUUGUAUCUCUUAAUUUUUUAAACCAAUAUCAGAUUAUGUAAUUUUUCAAGACUUUUUUAAUUGGAUCCAUGUUUUACUUAAUUUGAUUUUUAAUCAAGUGUUAUGAAUUCAAAUUUAUAGUUCAAACUGUUUUUGUCACCCCUGUGAUGAAUAGUGCAGAAUAUGCAAGACUAUGGGAUGCUUUUCUAUUGGCAAAAGUGUUGCUUCUUGUUAAAGCUUCAUAUUUCAGUAGGUAGAAGAGCUGGACGGUCCUUAUUUGGUAUCUUGUACACUGUUUAUGUGACCGUCUGAAAAUUUCUUCUGAAAAUUUUCUGUAUAAAUACUUAUUUCUGAACAAGAUUUUUUUAGUCUUAGAUUAUUUUAAAGAACAAAGGAUGCUGUUAUAAAGAACAAAAGAUAAAACUAUCUUCCUUAAAAACUUUGUAACUUUAUAUAUAUCUUGUUAGAUUUUUAUGAAAUUUAUUAAAUUUUUCAUGUUUUUAUGAAUUUUUUUAAUGAUACUCUUAAAUAUCUUAUCAUGUAUUGUGGAGAUAAUAUUUAUUAGUUUAAUCAACCAUGUGUUAUUUCUUAGCAUAGAAUUUAAUAACCUAAUAACCAAAGUUUUAGAUAUGUUAUUUUUUUUAUAUUUGAAAUUAAUGUAAGAGGCAGAAUGUGAGAUUACAAAAGUCUGUUAUAGAAGAUUUGUUUAAAACCUAUAAUACAAAUAUUUAAGUUAAACAAAAUUACAUAUUAAAGAAGGUAUAAUAUAUUCAUUUGUAACUCAUAAAAAAAUUAAAAACAACAGUGCAAAUGUUAAUUUAUUUCUAAAAAUGUGUUAAUUCUUGACAAAGAUAUGUAUAUUUUGUGGAUUCAUUUAUUUUUGUAGGUGUCAACUUUGCAGUAUCACAAACAUUUGCUUACAUUUGCUCACACCAUAUAUUGUGAAACUUUCGUGUGUGUCUUAGUUUCACUUUGUUCAUGGUAGGCAUUUUUCUUUGAAUUUUACCAUAUAUGCGACAUUUUGCUGUCCAUUUAAGGGCAUUGUACAAUGCCAUGAACAAAGUAAACAACAAAAAUUUAACUUCCCUUUCUAAAACCCGAGCCACAAAAAAAGCCUAAAGUUUUGUACUCUCUGUGAAGGGAUUUACAAGAAAUUAAUUUGGAACUUAACAUAAAUUAACGAAAAACACUGUGAUGACAGCUUUUUAUUAGGUUGCAGUUUUCCGUGAAGCUAGGUUUGGUUGCCAUGGAAGGUUCAUGUUGACAGAUAAAUAACAGGCAAACCGGUUUAUAAAUUCUUAGAUUUUUUUAAAUUUUCCCUUCUGAUAUUAUCAAUGAAAAUUAAUAUCCAACAAAAAUAUCAAUGAAUCCGCAAUGUAUUACAUGUAUACUCACAUUACAUAGCAAAUACACAACAAAACUUAAAAAAACAACAUAAUAAAAAAACUGCAUAUUUAUUUUUUAAAAGUAGAAAUAUGUCAACAUGUUAUUUGAUACUACAUGUAUUAGUUUUUAUGCUGUAUGUAAAAGCUUUAUAUAAGCAAACUAUAUAUUUCAAUAAAAAUGUUAGUACUAA